AUGGAGUUGUUUCUUGAUAGACGGGCCUCAAGCAGUGCAAAUUUGGCCAAAAGAUUAAUUUUUGCAAGUGUUUGUGCAGUUUUGCUUUGUACAUCUGCCUCUCAACUUCUGCCUGCAGAUGAAGUUCAAAUUCUUCAAAUUAUAUCGUCGAGGCUGAACAACACUCACUGGAAUCUUAGUCGAAAUUCCUGCAAUGAACCUAGUGCUUUUAACACAACCUAUUGGCGCAGAGUUGUAGAGUGCAUUGUGGUUUGUGACUGUAACUUUAAUAACGGCUCCGUUUGCCAUGUAACAAACAUCCUAUUGAGGGGGUUUAAUUUGACCGGACCGUUGCCUGAGGAGUUUGUAAACCUUACUCAUCUGGUUGAGAUAGAUCUCACCCGGAAUUACAUUAAUGGAUCAAUUCCUGCUAUAUUUGGCCAGCUUCGUGUUACCUCUCUCUCACUUCUUGGAAAUCGUUUAAGUGGCCCAAUCCCGGCUGAAAUUGGUAACAUUGCCACUUUGGAAUCACUUGUUUUGGAAGAUAAUCUGCUCGAGGGAAAUCUACCGGCAAGCCUCGGAAAUUUGCGCAAUUUGAAUAGGCUCCUGCUUUCAGCGAAUCAUUUUAAUGGGACGAUACCAUCAACAUUCGUCAAUUUAAGGAACUUGACAGAUUUUCGUAUUGAUGGGAGUACACUAUCUGGAAGAAUACCUGAAUUUAUUGGAAACUGGACCAGACUUACUAGAUUAGACAUGCAAGGCACCUCAAUGGAGGGACCUAUUCCCGCCAGAAUAUCCGAAUUGAGAUUCUUGCUAGAAUUGAGGAUCUCCGAUCUUAGAGGACGAAGCAUGAGUUUUCCAAAUUUGCAGGAAAUGGCAUCCUUGGAGCGAUUGAUGUUAAAAAACUGCUCGAUUGUUGGUUCAAUUCCACCAUACUUGGGAAGCAUGGUUAACCUAAGUACUCUGGACCUCAGUUUCAACAUGUUGGAUGGAACAAUCCCAGUCACAUUACAAAAUCUGCCGAGACUGCGUUUUAUGUUUUUGUCUCACAACUCAAUAACUGGGGAAGUUCCCGGUUGGAUCUUGAGCAGUAGCCGUAAUUUUGAUCUAUCUUACAACAACUUCACUCAUUCACGUCCGGUUGGUUGCCAGUUCCCAACCAUUUCUAACACGUUCAUAUUCGACAGAAUCGAAUGGUGCCUGAGGCGUGACCUUCCUUGCCCCACCAGAGCCAACCGCCACUCGUUCUUCAUAAAUUGCGGAGGAGGAAGAACGAGAUUCGAGGGGGACGAGUAUGAUGAGAACCUUAGCAAUCUUGGCCCGUCACAUUUUGAGUCGAAUGAUAGGUGGGCUUAUAGCAGCACGGGCACAUACAUGGGGGAAGACAAUGCACCGUACAGAGUUGGAAAUGACUCGUUAAUGAUAGAUGCAAAUACCGAUCUUUACCAUACGGCCCGUCUUGCCCCAUCGUCGAUAAAAUAUUACGGGCUUUGCAUGCGACAGGGUAGCUAUAGAGUGCGUCUCUAUUUUGCCGAAAUAAUGUAUUUUGAUAACGCUACUUAUAGCAAUCUCGGGAGGAGAGUAUUCGAUGUCGCCAUUCAAGGUCGUGUAGUUUUGCCGGAUUUCGAUAUCGCUAGGGAGGCUAAUGGUGUUAGGAGAGGGAUUUAUCAGGAAUUUNNUGAUGUAAAUGGGAGCACUUUAGAGAUCCAUUUGUACUGGACUGGACAGGGAACAACGGCUAUACCCAUCAGAGGUAUAUACGGGCCGUUGAUAUCCGCAAUAGCCGUAACACCAAAUUAUGAAGUCAGCACGGGCUCAGGAGGAUUAUCUGCCGGAGCUAUUGCUGGUAUCGUGAUCUCUUCGUGUGUGGUUGUGUUAUUGGUUUUGUUCGUUCUAUGGAAGAAAGGGUACUUGGGAGGAAAAGAAGCCGAUGAUAAUGAACUUCGAGGACUUGAUCUACAAACGGGUUAUUUCAGUCUAAGACAGAUCAAAUCUGCUACUAAUAACUUCAAUAACGCGAAUAAGAUUGGUGAGGGUGGAUUUGGACCCGUUUACAAGGGUGUUUUAUCCGAUGGUACAGUAAUUGCAGUUAAGCAGCUCUCGUCUAAGUCGAAACAAGGAAAUCGAGAAUUUGUUAACGAGAUAGGCAUGAUAUCUGCUUUGCAACAUCCGAACCUCGUGAAGCUUUUUGGCUGCUGCAUAGAAGGAAAUCAGUUGCUUUUAAUAUACGAGUACUUGGAAAAUAACUGUCUCGCGCGUGCACUUUUUGGUCGUGAAGAACAAAGAUUAAACCUCAACUGGUCCACGAGAAAGAAGAUAUGUAUCGGUAUAGCAAAAGGUCUUGCGUAUUUACAUGAAGAAUCGAGGUUGAAAAUCGUCCAUAGGGAUAUAAAGGCGACUAAUGUUCUUUUGGAUAGAGAUCUAACUGCUAAGAUAUCCGAUUUUGGUUUAGCUAAGCUCGAUGAAGAAGAGAACACGCACAUUAGCACACGAAUUGCUGGAACUAUUGGUUAUAUGGCUCCUGAGUACGCAAUGAGAGGCUAUUUAACGGACAAAGCAGAUGUCUACAGCUAUGGAAUCGCUUACGUUCUACAAGAGCAAGGGAACCUUCUAGAUCUCGUGGACCCCACACUUGGUUCAGAUUUCUCCAAAGAAGAAGCACUGAAAAUGCUAAACCUAUCGCUACUUUGUGCGAACCCUUCACCGACUUUAAGACCCACAAUGUCGUCGGUUGUGAGCAUGCUCGAAGGUAAAGCAAAGGUGCAAGCGCCGCUCGUAAAGCGUGGGCCUGCAGGCGAAGAUGUUCGGUUCAAAGCUUUCGAGGUGCUCUCACAAGAUAGCCAAACGCGAGUAUCGAAGAUUUCCCAGGAUAGCCGGGAGCAAAGGGGCGUCUCGAUGGAUGGGCCAUGGGUCGACUCGUCGGUUUCGCUCGGGAGCAAAGAUGAGAGUGGGGACCACAAGUCGGAUAGUCGGCUCUUGCCGGACCUUUACGACGUGAACAUGGAUUGA